CCCGGCGAGGCAGUCUCCGUCGCGACGCGCCAGCGAAUGUAAAUGCCGUUUCGCAACCGUCCCCGGCCCGACAUCCGAAUCUGACCUUCAGCCUCACCGGCUCUCGGCCGACUCUCGCGUUUUCCCGAUCCUUUUGUAUUCGUCAGUCUCCCCGCGAUCAGCGUCUGUACCCGUUCCGACCCGCGAGCUUCGUUCCGUCAUUUUGCGCAACGUGCUUUCGCGCCGCCGCGCGGUAGUGUUUACAGUGCUGUGCUCGAAUCGCCGCUUGAAACUUGGAUUUGUGUGUGUUUUAAGUCAACCGGUGUCGCUGUCAACACCGAGUGGUGUUGUUGUGGGAGCAGUUGCGAGCUUUAGCAGCCCUGCGAGGACGCAGUGAGAAACCGCUUUCAGCGGCAACGCGACGACGGGCGUGCAGCCAGGCUCGCAAAAAACUGCUUAACUUUCGUCCCUGCGUGACCGGCCAAAGGCACGCAAAAUCGAUCCCUGGAAAACGCGCGUACAGUUCAGUUCCGGAGUUCGUCCCUCCGAUUUCACCCGGCUUCUGUGAUACCCUUCCUAGUCCUCCAAGUGCAGUUAGAUUUAAUUUCAAUUUAGUAGCUUCCCCCUUGUUCGUUUUUAUUUAGUGAUCGAAUUCUUGCGUGUUUUAAUUUCUACGAGUUGUUAUUUUUAAUUUAUUCGACCCAAAGAUGACGAAAAUGAAAAGGACAAACACGAUUUUGAUCGGGGUUCUGAGGAAGAGAGCGAAAAGGGUUUGCGUCUAGGUACGCAAAGGCACUUAAAGGUCGCGAGAAGCCGACAUAGCUUUAAGUGCGCGUGGUGAUGAUGAUCUUCCUAACUGAUUUUCUCCCCGAAGUCGCGUCAGUGCUUUUCGCUUCACCCGAUUUUCCGGUGAUUUCCUGGUGAUUUUUCUGAGUUUUCCGGGAGAGCUUUUCGACGGGCAUGUUAUCGUACAUGGUGCCCUCGAUUGAGGACAAACCGCCCCCGAUCCCGGCCAAACACCACCUGCAGCUCGACCUUUCGCCCACCUCGCUGCCCAACGGUCACGGAAAUGGUCACCAUAAAGAGAACCACGACCUACCGGCCACUCAUAGCCCACUCGACAAGGCCAAGUCCAGAAAAGUUACCAAUGGUGCUACCAAACAGACUACGCUUAAAAGGGUCUCGUUCGGGAGCUCGAAGGGCUCCAUGGUGGAGACGCUCAUCUACGAGAGCCCUGUCCAGGAGGAGAACGAGCAGACCUCGCCCAACUCCCUCCUCUCAGACGCGGAUCAGCUCCAAGGAGCUGACGGGGCCAAGUGCUCGGCUUCGAAGGUUCGAGUGAGCUUUUUCGAGUGCGAGCGUCCAUCUGUGAUCACCCCGGAGACGGGAGGCGGAGGGCCGGAGCCGGUCGACGCCCCCGACGGCGAGCUCGACCUCAACCACCUCAGCUCCGCCGCCAUGAACUCCACCUUCGGCGACCACCACCCCGCCUACAACCGACAAGCCAGCACGGACAGCGGGUGGGACAACCCGUUCAGGCCGGACGGCGACCUCUCCCGGGAGGCGGACCAGAUCGUGGAGCUCAUCAAGGGCGGGAAGCCGAUCACGCCGACGCCGGGCCUCACGCCGCAGCUCCCGUCGCAGCCGCCCGCCCCCGCCGGCGCCGCCAACGGGACGCCCCUCAAGAACGGGAGCGCCGGCGCCCCCGCGGACAAGAAGACGCCCCCCGGCGGCGUGGAGGUCCAGCGAGGCACCGCCGGCACCCCCGGCGACGUCGAGCACAUCGUCAUCAAGAAGAAGCCCAAGUGUCAGUGCUGCGUCAUCCUGUAACCGAGACUCACCCAGGAGGAGGCGGACCCGCCCGGCGGCCCAAGUCCAAGGCGGAGGUUCUUCGGGCAUCAGUAUGGUUGCCCGCAUUUUGAGGUUCUCGUCUGAACGCAGCGCCCCUCCAAGUGGUUAUGUUGUCGCCUGU